UGCUGCACCAUGUGGCCCGCGAGCUCGUGGACACGGCGCGCCCAGUGGUCGCCGAAGCACUUAAAGCUGGUCACCGUCUACGUGCUGGUGCUCUUGGUGUCACUCAGCUUCGCUUCAGGACAGAGCAGGCUAUUUAAACACCAGAUAGACAACAGAAGUCCUGAGAUUGAUCCUUUCUGGUACGUGGGACGUGGCGUUCGCCCCAUCGGUCGGUUUGGGAAGAGGCAGCUAAGAAGCGGCCGUGGCAACUCAAGGCCUGUGAGCAGACACCUGGAUUUCAUCCUGAAUGCGUUGUGGGAACAAAAAGUGUUGGACGACUGGUGAUCCCUCCUCCCCGAGGCAGUGACUUGAGCUCCUCUCUCUGAAUUGCAUUCUCCGCUGCACCUCACACCCCUGGUUCUGCCUUUGCCUAGCAAUCCCACACUCUUGUGCAAACGCCUUCGAAAAGAAACACAUUCAGGGUAAAAGACAAUGCAUUGACACCGGCACUGAGUGCAACCAUUGCUUGUAAAAAUGCUUUCUCCUCUCACAUCUUUUCCAGUCCCUUCCCCAGUCCCUAAUGCUGCUGUGCACUGUAACAUUAGGUUUGUCCAAGAACCAAACAGCUUUUGUACUGGGAUUUAAACUCUGCAGUGUUAAGCGUAUCAUGAAACCUUC